AUGGACGACGCCGCGCGCGAGGACGCGCUGGAGAAGCGACGCGCCAAGUCUGGGUACGACGGCAGCGUGCAGGGAUGCGACGGGCGGCGGUACCGCGUCGACGAGGACGCGGUGGCGUACUACGACGAGAUUCAGCGCGCGCUGGACGCGUGCGAACGACGGGCGCGCGAGACGGCGCGCGAGGACGAGGAGGAAGCGCGCGCGAUCGAGGAGGAAGCGCGCGCGAUCGGGUCGAACGCGCUGGAGGGAUGCGAGGGGCAGGAGUGCGCGCUGAGCAUGGACGCGCGGUGCUCGCGGACGCUCGAGGCGUGCGCGACGCGAGCGACGCGAGAGGCGGUCGAGGGGUUCAUGAAACGGUGCGGGGAGGUGACGGAAGCGAACGGUGGGGGGUAUUACGUCAUGGCGAAGUCGUUGUUCGGGUCGAGGGUGCUGGAGAGCGCGAUGGGGGUGAUGAUGGAGAAGCACCUGAGGACGGAGGGCGCGAACGAGGCGGACGAGGCGAGGACGGAUGCGUUUCGGAGGGAUGUGUUGGAACCCAUGGGACGCGCGUUGGUGGAGAACGCGGUGGAUGUGGCGUUCGAUAAGCGCGCGAGCCCCGUGGCGCGGAAAUUUUUAGCUUUACUCGCGGGAAGGGCGGAUUUGAACGCGAGCGGCGGCGGCGGCGGCGGCGCGCGAAGCGACGGUAAGAGUCUGGCGGAUAAGCUGCGUGGAGGGACGUCCGCGGCGGGGAAAUUUUCUAGUUCACACAACGCGUCGUAUAGAUUCAAUGAGGAGCUGAGGAAGUUCUCUGACGCCAUGUUGGCCGCCAUCGAGGAGGAGUUGUGGAAUUUGGUCGAGGACACGUGCGGGAGCGCGUUGUUGCAAGCCACGCUCAAAGCGCACGAAGGCGAUGGCGAGGCGUUGAAUUGGAUCAUACCCGGCUUACUCGGCUGCGCGCCCGCCGAAGGCACGACCGAAGGCGAACUUCUCGCGGACGCCCAGGAGUGGGAUAUCAAGAAUGUGAUGCAGUCGCGCGCCGGAUCGCACUUGAUGGAAGCCAUCCUGGGUGUCGCGCCGAAAGGUUUGUUCAACGAAAUAUAUCGACGUUUUUUCCGUGACAAGAUGAUUUCUACCGCGAAACAUCCAGUGUCCAACUUUGUGCUUCAGGCGUUAUUGGCGGCGACGAAGGAUCCCGAACACGUCUCGAGCACGCUCGGCGAGCUCUCGCAAGUGUUCGGGACUUUGCUUCACGAAAAGCGUUCGGGCGUCGUAGCCGCAACGUUGGCCGCGUGCGCGCGAUUGAAAGUGGCCGAAAAGGACAGCGCCAAGGCGCUCGCGCGAGGCCUGACGCUCAAGAUGGAGGCUCGAAAGGAAGGUCGUUCGCAGCUCGCGCCGGCGCUGUUUUGGCUCGACACGCCGAAUUACGGUCGAUGCUCGGUACUCGGGAGCGCGAUGUUUCAGACGCUGUUCAAGUUCAACGCCGAUUGCGUGCCCAUGUUUUCUGAAAGUUUGGUGUCCAUGACCGACGUCGAGGUCUUCAAGGUGUGCCAGGACAGCGCCGGAUCGCGAGCGAUAGAGGCGUUUUUGGCGUCGCCGUCGCAAAAGCAAAACUUGAAGAAGGAAUUCAUCGCCAAGCUCAACGGUCGAUGGGCACAGCUCGGGCUGUCGCCCGUUGGUUCGCAUGUACUCGAAGCGUGCUAUCGAGAAGCCGACGCGCGAGGUAAGGAGCUCAUAUUAAGCGGGCUUGCCGGACAAGAAGGGCCGCUCAACGCGACGAGACACGGCCCGAUUCUCAUGCGACGUCUCGGCGUCACGCAAUUUAAAGCCGCACCAGAUCAAUGGAAGAGUAAGCAAAAGACUGCAGAGACGAUGAUGAGUGAGUUUGAGAAGGAGUUCGGCGCGGAUGAGCCGACGAAGAGCAAGAGCUCGAAGCGCAAGGAUCCACCGGUCAAGGAGACAGUCAUCGAGAAGAAGGUGAAGAAGGAAAAAACCGAGAAGAAGGCGAAGAAAGAGAAGAAGGACAAGAAGGACAAGAAGGACAAGAAGGACAAGAAAUAG